AUGGCCACUCUGCGCGAUAUCCGGAUGCCGACUUGGCAAGAACUCCAGCGUUAUCUACGAGACCCAGAGAUUCUAACUGCUGAGGUCUUGUUCUUGGUAUUGACUUUGUCAAACAUUUUCGUGGUGUACCGCCUUUUCCUAGAUGUCGUGCCUUUCCCGGUCUUCGUUACCUGGUGGCAGCUGGCCCAAGGCCUGCUCAUGGCUUGGUGCCUCGGUGAGCUCGGUCAUGAAUACCCAAAGUUCGCGUACUUUCCACGAGUGGAAAUCGACAAACGGAUACUGAAGCGGCUUCUCGUUCCAACAAUUGUCAACGCGUUAAUGCUCGUUUUGGCUAACGUCCUUCUGUACCGUGUGCAGUGCAUCGCAACUCUCCCCGUUGUAGUUGCCUUUGCAGUUGUGCUUCAUCACAUCACCAGAUUUGUGGGCUGUGGGGAGGAAUACAUGCCAAUGAGAUGGCAGGCUAUUGGCCUGUUGUUCCUCGCCUUCAUCCUUGGCAUCACAGACCCCAAGACUGUUGGAUCGGAGGUCCUGCCAUGGGCUCUACUGUAUGCAAUUUUCUCUGCCGCCUUUCGUGCUGCUUUCCUCCAGAAGGUUAUGCAUGAGGUCGAGGGCAAGGGAAACCUGCUACAUAACCACCAGCAUUUGAUCUCCAUCAUCGCGUUGCCAGUGCUCAUGGUGCUAUGCGGCGAGGGUUCAGUCCUCAGUGCCAUGCCCUUGAACCCCUCUUCGUUGUACACAUGGCAGACAUGGGGAUGUCUCGUCACUGUUGGAGCUCUCCCUUUCCUUAAGAACAUCGUGUCCAACCGCUUAAUUCGGAGGACAGGACAGGGCCCAUGGCGGUGCCUUGAAGUCCUAUCUAUUGUCCUGGUCUUCAUUAUUGGCAUUACAUUCGGCAGCCCUGGAUGGCAAGGAUAUGUAGCAAUUCUUUUAGUUGUUGCCGGCCGAGCCUUGGGAGCAUGCGACGUCCUGAUAAACGCUGCUGAGGUAGAGCAACAAACCGAAAUGCGGGGGGGAGGAGCAAUGCGCUCCCCCUCUGACUCAGGGGCCGAGCUGGAACACGGAGGAUCCAAGCAAUACCUUCAGUCCAUUGAGGAGGAUAGUGGAGAGGCCUAUGGAGAGCUUCCCGAAGCCGAGUAG